AUGACGGCGACUUUGGAGACGAUCGUGCGCGAGUUGCAGCAGUUGGCCCCGAUACUGCGCGACUAUGAGCCAACUAACGACCUCUGGCAGCAGGCCGAGAAAAAAGCACUUGCUUCCUGCAGCCACGUGGAAGGGCUGCUGCGCUCGGCUGAAGGAGUGGCUGAGCUACGAAGCAGUGGCGCGUUGCAGGCGAUGAAGCGACUUGUGCCCGAUGCGACACGGGAAGCGAUCGCUGAGCUGAAAGUGUCGGAUUUUGUGCUGGGGAUGAUGUUCGAGACGCCUUUUGUCACUUUCGAGUCAGUCUAUCGCGGAUUCGGCGUCGAGUACGCUAAGGAACUGUCGAGUGAAGCGAGGAAAAGCUCGAAUUACAUCAAGUCAUCGUAUGUUUACGGCGAAAUUCUGUUCUUCCCAUUUGCCAAACUCAUCCGCUACGUAGCUCCGUCUCUGCCCGAGUUUGCUGUGUUCUACGACCUGGGAUCUGGCACUGGCAAAGCAGUUGUUGCAGCGAGUUUGGUGCAUCCGUUUGAACAGGCCAUCGGAAUCGAGUUUCUUGAGCCUCUGGUCCGUUGUGCUGAGAAGCGCAAACAUGCGCUGGAGAAGCUCAAGACACCACUGUUACAGACGGACAUCGACUACAUUGCUGGCGAUCUGGCGACUUGCAAGUGGGAGAACGGUGAUGUCGUGUUUUGCCACGGCACGUGUUUCGACGACAAGGAGUGGACGCAGAUCUCUUUGGCAGCAGAGAGGCUCAAACAGGGCGCAUUUUUUAUCUCGACAACACAGGUACUGCGCACAGGGCUGUUUGAAGUGGUCAAGAGCCUUCAGCUCCCGAUGAGCUGGGGAACUGCAACUGCCUACAUCCACCGCCGGCGCAAAAUUGGCCGCUGGGCCGCUCAAAUGCUGCGAGGCGGUCGCUCCACACGCACAGACCUCUUGCAGCAGACGCCAUCACCACAGAGCGAGUAG